UCAUAAUGGAAAGAGUAUAAAAGGUUUAAUGUGUCCAUAGCAGUCAGGCUUGUAUGUUUCUAUUUGUUACAGAUCUCCAGCUUAUCAAUAUUCUGCAAGGACAAAUUCUAAAAGUCUCCUGUCUACUUUGGUUUCAAAAGUCAAAUAUUUGAAUACAAAAUAUGAAAGCUUUUUGGAAAGAACAUUCCCAAAUUUCUAUCAGCUAUAUUCUACUUUUAUAAAAGGGUUUCGGGUAUUCUUUUCAGAAGUAAAAGAAAUAAGAAGAAUAAAGAUGAACAUGGCCCAUAAAAAUAUAAAAUUCAAUCAACUUCCUUACAGGGAGAUGGAAAGACUAAGACAGUUUCGGAGAGAUGUGAUGAAAGUCAUUCCCAUCGGGAUUCUCUCUCUUCCACCCUUUUUCAACUACCUGGUAUUUGUGCUUAUGUAUCUGUUUCCAAGACAGCUCUUGAUGCGUCACUUCUGGACUAUGAAACAGCAAGCUGAGUUUCUGGGCACUUACCACAAUAUGCGGAAGAAGGCAUAUGCCGAAGUGGUUGAUGGUUUGAAGAACCUGUCUAAUGUCCUCUCUGAUCCGGAGCUUCGCAAACAGAUGCUAGAUCUCUGCAAAAAGGUUCAUGAGGGAUGCCACCCAGACAUAGCCGAACUUAAAGCAGUGAAGACCUUGUUUGUGGACCAUCCUUUUGGCAUCCAGCAGCUCAAAGCUCAGCAAGUGAAAGCGCUAAGUCGUGUUUUGUUCCUGACCCCUCACUUGCCAUCCCUCCUCCUGAGAUACCGCCUGCAAAGCCACCUCUUGGAGCUGCACCUCCUGGACCAAGCCAUGCUGCAACUGGGAGUGAAAGAGCUGACAGAUGAAGAAGUCGCAGUGGCUUGUUAUAUCCGUGGCUUGGACUCUGUUCACCUCAACACCAUGGCUUGCAGGCUUUGGCUAAACCAAUGGCUAGCACUUUCCAGCUCGCUGAAAGACUCUGAGGUUUCACUCUUGGCCCACAGCAUGGUCUUACUUUCCACUAACUUCAACCCUUUCAUCAAAGACUGACUGAUGGCAACCUCUCCUAGACCUUUUCUGAAAAGAUGCUUCGACAGCAACUCAACUUAACCAGUAGGGGAGAUUGGAUUUUUGCUUACGGUCAGAGUGGCAGGAGUCCAGCGCAAGAGGUUUCUCCAACUAAAUUAUUAGCCCAGAAAAGAAGGGUAGAAGAAACACUGCAUCAUGAGUAAGACGUUCCCACUGCUUUGGAGAGAAUCAGGAGAAUUGCCAAGAUGGCGCUAGACGAACUGCAAGCACAGAAGAUUCCACCAGGUCCAUGUCAACAAUGACCUUGUGGCCCUGCCGUGACAGCAUAUGGAUUUCCAAUGGGGAGAGAGCUGAAGAAGUCUUGCCCAGAACCCAAGACCCGGGCUCCUCAUAGUUGUGACACUUUCAGUACCAGCCAGCGCCAAGCCCUACGUUCUCAGGUAGUAAGUGCUGAGUAACUAAGUUUUUCUGAUGCUUCAGUAGCUGCCCCGUUUUAAUUUCAUUGAAGAAUAAUGUUGAUUUAACAACACUGGAUGGGAAGCUCAGUCAUUUUCUGUUAUGACAUGGUGCAAAAACAAGAGCAAGAAUCAGUUCUUUCUGAGCCACCUCUAUUUGAAAUCCUAUUAAUACUUGGAAAAAGCUCUUCUGUUAAGAAAGAGAUCACUCCGUUGCAUAAGCUUUAUUAAAAGUGCAUUUCAUUUUGGCCAAGGUGGUUCAGAAUUAAACAAGGUAUUUGCAGUUGUUAUACCAUUGUACAGUGCCAUUAAUUUGAUUGUGACACCCUGCUGAUAAAAUAAAAAUGUACACAACUACUUCUGUACCUCCAAGGGUGCAAUCCUGUGCAUGUUUGGACAGAAAAAUCUCUUACAAGUUUCCACAAUCCUGGAAGUUGUAGGACUUUUCUGACUCAAGAUUCAUUAUAUCCUAAGUCUUAAAUACUUCCACAGCACUUAAGUGAUAAUGAAACAGGUCUAAAAAGUCUCCCAGUGAAAAAGGCCAAGUCUUGCACACCAGAAGCUGGAAUUCUGGCCCAAAUAUAAAGGAGCGGGACACUCCUACCUUUGGUAAAGUAGUAGUCAAAUUAGUUGUUAUAAAAAUGUGUGAAGAAUUAGUAAUGUGAAUGGCUGUUCAAGUGUAUUGUAACUGAAAUGUGACUAUUUCCUUAAAGAUGGUUAAUAAAGGACAACAGUAUGUGAUACUUUA